AUGGCUGAGGAUCGUCUCAUUGCGACCUUGGACGUGGAGCCUUAUGUUGGCCCAGUGCGAGUGGGAUACAGUCCGGAACGAGGGCGAGGUCUAUUUGUGACCGAAGACGUUGCAAAGGGAAGGCUUCUCCUGUGUGCCCGGGCGUUGGUCACAGGUCUCAACGAGGACCUUCCUUCCCAGUUGGUCGCAGCUGCUGAAACUUCUGCACAUUUGAUGGAAGCCGUGCGGAGCCUCUCCCGUGGCCAUCCAGAGUCGGAGCAGAAGAUGCCCGCCCUGAGUAUGGCGCAGCUGGCGAAACCAGAGGACCUUCCUUCCCAGUUGGUCGCAGCUGCUGAAACUUCUGCACAUUUGAUGGAAGCCGUGCGGAGCCUCUCCCGUGGCCAUCCAGAGUCGGAGCAGAAGAUGCCCGCCCUGAGUAUGGCGCAGCUGGCGAAACCAGAGGAUCUUAUAGAUGGAGACGAGCCUCUGGAUCAGCUGCCGUUAGAAGAAGCCAGAAACAUCCUCUACCACAACCAGUUCAGUCUCCCGUUGGUGAAUCCCAACGCUGCCCCAUUGGAGGUGGGGAAUGACACCGAAAGGUCUGGUUUGUGGCUCUUGCCUGUCUUCGUGAAUCACAGCUGCUUACCCAACGUCCAACGAAUCAUUGUCUUGGAUUGCCUCUUCCUUCGCGCCGGCCGGGACCUGAAAGAGGGCGAAGAACUCUUCGACGGCUAUGUGGAGACCUUGCAGCCCUUGUGGCAUCGACGUGAGUCGCUGGAGGCCUACGGCUUCCGCUGCUCCUGCGAAAGAUGUGUCUUGGAAGAGGCCAUCUAUCCAGAAGGAGGCGCUCGAAGGGAGGAACUGCGGAAGAUCUUGGAGCAGGCCGCCGGAGCCGUUGCGAGUCGCACAGAGGGCGCCCAACUUGCAGAGCAAAUGGAGGCGGUCGCCACCGCUGCUGACAUUUUGAUGGAUCGCGCACUAGCAGCCGCGCUGCAAGAAGGCGUGGUGCCUUCUACCUCGAUAUACCAGGUACCCAGCGUAGCACUCUCCGCACAGCGAAUGGCGAUGAUCCGUGGUGGCUUUGAGCGAGCCAGCGACGAGGAGGUUUUUGACUUUCAACGACAAGAUGCGUUGCAGGCCUUGCUGUUGGGUAGCGUGGCCAAUGUGCUGCGCGGCUAUGCUUUGAGCCUGCGAGGUUUGAACCGUUAUGUGGAGGCAGCCGGCGCUUGGCAGCGGGCACUGGAUGCCUUGGAUCAGGUGAUCCCUGGUUCCGAGCUGGGCGCCAUUGUGGCCAAUGACAUGUUGAGUAACAAACUCCUGGCAUUUCACUUGGACCACAAACAGGCGGCCAAAAAGGAGAUGCGGAGCGCGCUUCUGAGGAGCCACUGGGCCUACAGUGGCGGCGCUGAAACCUGGCGCCACUUCUCAGACAAGCUCUUCGCACCAUCGGUGCUGGAUGGUGGCAUAGCGGCGUGGAAAACUUUGCAAGCAGAAGAUCCCAAGUUGGAUACUGGAGGCUACCAGGCACUUCCGGAAACGGUGCCAGCGGUGCCAGCGAAGGAAAAGCCUGGCUUUGAAGACCUUCUGCGCAAGCGCGCAGCGCAGAGGGGAAAGAAGAGCCACGAGAUGCGCACACCGGAAACCACGUCAGACGUUGCAAAGCCAGCGCAGAGGACCGAAAACCAGAAAAGCCAAGGCAAGGAGGCCUUUCCGCCAAGCGAUGGGACAGGACCAAGCGCGGGUGGCGGCGCGUCCUGCGAGGUGACGACGGCAGUGGAGGACGGAGUGGAGCAGGUCACCUGUGUGGUGAACUUGCCGGGCCUAAGCUCAGCCACGGAAGCGAACCUGGAGGUCAGCGAAAGUGAGUUGAGAGUCACCAGCCUCAGGGCCGACAUGCCGCACGUGGUCUGCGCCACGCUGCCGUUGUGCGUGGACCCCAACAGCAGCAGGGCUCGGUGGUCAAAGCGCCAUCAGCAGCUCACGGCAGCGAGCAUGUUCCACCUUCUGAAUGUGUUGGAUUAUGCCGGCUUCGUAGGGAGCUCAGGUGUCCGAAAGAAUAAGACAAUUCGCCAUGCCCGUGGGAGGUUUGUGAAUCAGACGUCAUCGUUGUUGAAGGAGUCGCCUCAAUGCGAGGAUAAGGUGAAGAGUGCCUGUCUCUUCGCCAAGGAGAAUCAGCCGUACCCGGAGGUCCCAGCCGGCUCCGUUCGACCAGUGGGUGGCUUUCGGACAGAGGCCAUGGCCCAAGCGGAGGUUGACCAGUUGGGUGACCUGGUGGCACAUGAGCAGAGCCGCUGGGUGGGACGUGUGGCCGAAGCCCUUUACAACGUCGAGGCCGCGGCGAACCGCCGUGCCGUUGAUAUGUGCAAGUCACAAAACGUGGUGCCAGCGGCAGCGGCGCCGGUGGCCGAGCAUUGGGAAUCUGCCUCUUUCAGGUGUCAUGCAGUGUUACUUCAAAUGUGGUACUUGGGUGGAUGCCGAAAGGUCUGCAGCGAGGGUCACUCCAUGUUGGAUGCUGUGGAGAAGGGGUGCAAUCAGACUUCUUGGCAGGUGGAGGCGGGCGCCAAAGUCUGGCGACAGGUCUUUCCGGAUGAUUUUCCCUCCACAACCCUGGCAGGUUUCGUAUCUUUUUUCACUCGAGAACGUACCAACGAGACAAUGUACUCGCCCGAGGCGGCGGUCAUGGGUGGAUGUGGCGUAGCAAAACAGCCACGAAUUGGUGGCCGACAGGACGAUGUUCCUGUGCCUUCCAGUGAGAUUGAGCGUCUUCGUCGGGUCUCUGCCAUCGUCGUGACGUUGACUUCCAUUCUGUACAUCGUCGACAACAGGGGACGAAUGCCACGCCGGCGCGCCGCCCAGGGCGUGGGCGGCCGGAUUUCGACCGUCUUGGGCGAGUAUACGGGCUUCUUCUUUGGCGUGCUGGGCACGAUGGGCUGCUGGUACGGCAGGUAUUCCUUUGAUUUGCCCUUGAUCUUCCACUGCGAAGAUUUUGUGCCUUGGCCGUUGGCUAGAACCUGUGUCCAGGUGGGUGUCCUCAGGUGUUCCAGCACCCGAACCAACUUUCUGGUUCUGUCGGUGCUGAUGCUGUUCCUCAUCUUGUGCCCCGUUGCAGCUUCUUUGGUGGACGGACCAGGAGUUGGCCGAGUUGGUGAUUUCCGAAAAAGAGUAGACGAGCCCAUGAGCUCCAUCCCGAACGCGAACUUGGGCGUUCCGCCGUUGCUGCUGAAGGCGCGUUCGGAAAGCCUCGGCGGUGAGAGAAUCAAUGAUUUCAUCCCUUGGACCGCAAUGCGCCGCUCUCUCAAUGCACUGCUGUUCAAUGUCCGCAAGCGUAGCAGCACGCUCGGGCUCACAGGGUCCAUCAGGGUGCGUCUGAAGAAAGGCCCACUCAUCCGGUGA